UGUAUGAACAAUUUAAUAUACUUUUAAGUAAAUAAAUUCGAAUAAUGUAUUUUUAAGUGAAGUAAAAUACAACGAAGUAUUAGAAGAAGUCGAACGGUUAAAAAAUGGAGCAAAAUUAAAACCAAGCACUAUGAUAUAAUGAAUGUAAGUAAUAUUGAAAAAUUAAUUGUACCGGUAACUGAUCCAAAUGCUAUCAAAUAUUAUGUUUAUAAUGAAGAGUUUUACAAAAUAAUUCAUGACGUGCAUUUGCAAACUGGACAUGAAGGUAGAAACCGAAUGGAACAUGAACUGAACGCAAAAUAUAAAAACAUUACUAGGGAAUGUUUAAUGAUAUAUUUAAAUUUAUGUGAACUAUGUCAGAGAAAAGGUAAAACUGUGAAAAAAGGGCUAGUUGUUACACCAAUAAUUUCUUCAGAAAUGAAUUCUCGUUGUCAAGUAGAUUGGAUUGACAUGCAAGCUCAAUCUGAUGGAAAUUAUCGAUUUAUUUUAGUUUAUCAAGAUCACCUAACGAAGUAUGUUUUACUUAAAUCAUUAACACACAAACGUGCAGAAGAAGUUGCCUAUAUACUACUUGAUAUUUUUACUACAUUUGGAGCUCCGGCAUUCUUACAGAGUAAUAACGGUAGAGAAUUUGUUAACAAGGUUAUUGAAGAGUUAUGCAGUAUGUGGGAAGAACUGAAAAGUCAGGGCUCUGUUGAAAGGGCUAACCAGUAUAUAGAAAAUAUGCUUGCCACCUGGUUAACAGAUAAUAAAACUAAUAAAUGGAGCGAGGGACUUAAAUUCAAUCAAUUUAUGAAAAACAGAAGUUUACAUCACGGAAUUAAGUGCUCUCCUUAUGAGGCUAUGUUUGAUACCCGGGAAAAAAUAGGCUUGAAAUCUACUUCUCUACCAGAAAAUAUUAUACAUAAGCUCAAGACUGAUGAAGAUUUAGAAACCGCGUUGAAUUCUAUUAAUACCACUCAUGAAAAAAAAACCAAGAAACAAUCUAAAGAAAAAUCUGUUGAUACGUCUUCUGAAGAAAAUAUUGAUGUUAACGAAGAACAAGCUGAUAUUAUACAAUCAAGACAGGAAACUAUAAUUGAAAAAAGAAGAGAAUCGUUGCAUAAUUUAACAGUACAAGCUUCAAAAAUUGACUUCGUGAAGGGAAAAUUGGCGAAAGUGUUAAAAUUAGAAUACCUGAUGUUGAUAAAGCACGGAGUGAUCUGCGAUCCAUUUUAGGAGUAUAAUGUCUGUAAAAAACAAUAAUUAUAAAAUUGGUACCACUGAAAGUAAACUUCAACAACUUUACACUAGAAAUCAAUUUG